AUUCAUUGAUGUCUGCAAGAACAAUAGUUAUCCAACCAUACAGCCUCUUAAAUAAUUCAUGCUUGGUUGGAACAGGUAUUUAGGAAGUUCUUUAAUAAUUCAUUUAGGUAUUUAGCCAUUGAAUUCACUCCAUCUAGUCUCACAUUAUCAAGUCUGAGUUCUGCAAAGUCAGAGAUGCAAUUAAGAUGCCUAUCUUGCACUUUUUUGUGUAUUCCAAUUUAACAAAAAGCCCAUUUUUCUAAAGGUUGACGACGGAAGCUCGCCCCAUUUUUCAAAGGGUUGCCCAUUUUUGCAGUUUCAAAGGAGAAACUUUUUGUUCUGAAGGAUAAGAUUCUGUUAUUCACAAAGAUUCAGGAAAACCAAAAUCUAUUUAUUUAAUGCUGUUGUCAUGUUCUCGGGCACCAUGUGAACAAGGUCCAAGCAAACGGCCACGAUUUUGGCCAUAUUCGGAGGCACUAUCCAGCAAUAAAUUCUCGACCCAUUGAAGGAGAAAGAAAAUCAGAGAAGUUGGGGUGGAGGGAGGAGAUACUUACAGGAAAAAAAGAUCUCUACCCACUAGCCAUUCUACUCAGAACAGUGCUUUAGAAAUGGAAAUAGCUGAGCAAAGAAAAGAAAAGGACGUACAGGAAGUGGAAAAAACUGAGCUGCAACAGCAACAAUGGCGGCAAGAAGAGGAGGAAAUGGAGGAGGAGGAGACUGCAGUGGCCUUGCAAGAAAGGCGGUCUCGGCAACCCAGUGCCACCACUAUAGUUGUCAACAGUACCGGCGGCGUUAAUGUAUUGUUUCCCCUCUCAGAAGAGCACCACAAUGGAUUUCAAAAACAUGGGCAGGAGGCGCUUCAAGAUGGCGACAAAGACGGUAAUGGGUUGGAAGAAGAUUCGGAAGCAAUAUCUGGGAAGAACGUUUAUUAUGACAAAGAUCAAGGUACUGAAUCCGUUGAUGGAUUUUCCGUGACAGAAAACAAUCGCCUUCUAUUUUCUGCUUCUGAGAGAAGUUCCAAAGAUGAUGGAUUAGUUGCUGCAAUGGAGAAUUUUGAUGAUCAAAAGAGUCAGAGCCAUGCAAUUAACAAUCAAACAAAGGAAAUCUCGAAUGAUAGAAACUUUUCUCAUAAGGGUUAUUCUUCGCAAAAGAAAACGCAGCAUUUGGAUUCAUGAGGAAGAUAAAAAGCGUAACGAAGGACAACCACUAGCUGCUUCUCAGUUAGAUGCCAGUAUUGGCCCUGCACAGAAUUAUCAAGGUCAUAAUGCAGUUGAUAAUU